CAAACGUCAUCUCACCUGUCCUUCAAAUUUGACUUUUCAUCUCAUCUUCAUUUAUAGUUAACACCAUACCAAAUUACCUGUGAAAAUUUCUUUUUUUUUUUCAAAAACACCCCUGCAAAGUGGCGGUCAAAAAUGAAAUGGGCGAGUCAACCAACAUUGUGGGAAAGCCCGUGGAAGUAGGAUCGGGAAGAUGCAUGAGCAUCCAAGCCAUGCAAGCCCUUUUCGAGCUGAAAGAGAACAAUCAGCUUUGUGACGCUACUAUUGUGCUUGACGAUGGUGCUGAAAUUCCAGUGCAUAGAGCAAUUCUUUGCGCGUGCAGCUCUUAUUUCAGAGCUUUAUUCACAACGACAUUACACAACAGAGAAAAAAACAAAGUGCAAUUACCAGGAGUCACAUCGGAAAUGUUGCAGAUACUUCUGGUCUACAUCUACUUACGAAAAUUGGAUAUAAACCAGGACAAUGUGUACUCUUUACUGAUAACCGCAGACUAUCUCAGCAUAUUGGGUGUAUUGGACCUUUGCUGCAAGUUUUUAGAAAAUAACUUGAACUCGAAAAAUUGCAUCGGUGUUUUGAUUUUUGCCAGAAAUCAUUUUUGCAGAGAACUAGGAAUGAACUCCUGGAAGUACAUAAUGAAAAACUUCACCCAGAUAGCCUCAGAAAGCGACGAGAUACUCACGCUGUCCCUCUCAGAGAUCCAGGAGAUCAUCAACUCUGACGACUUGAACGUCAAAAGCGAGGAAACCGUUUGGGAAACCAUCCUCAGAUGGAUCGACCAUGACACAGAGGCUAGAAAGAAGCAUAUCGUUUCUUUGAUGAGGUGCAUCAGGCUGGGUCUGCUAGACACUCAGUUUUUCCUGGAAAGGGUGAAGGAACACGCCUACGUCUCUGGAUGCGAAGAAAGCCGUCCUAUGAUAAUCGAAACGCUGAAGUUUUUAUACGAUCUGGAAAUGAUAACACACAGGUAUAUUCACAGAGUUAUUCAUCAAGAAGGCCCACCUCUAUGUUUACCUUAUAUUUUUAUUUUUGGGGAGGGACAAUUCUUGGGUUUUGGAUUCAACAUUCCUCUGAAUAUCGACAAGUGCUCUAUUCUACAUGUUGGCCCCACUAACCCAGAACUAGACUAUCACCUAGAUAAAAAAAUCAUUUCUGCAGUGGAGAACCAUAACGACCUAGGAGUCAUUUUCAACAAGAAAUUAUCUGUGUCCAAUCAGGUUGCAGCAGCUGUCGGUAAGGCAAACAGUCGCACAUACCUCCUCAACAAAUGCUUUCACCAUCCUGAACCAAGAAUCUUCGAUCAGCUUCAUAAAGCAUAUGUUCGUCCACACCUUGAAUAUGCUGUACAGAUAUGGUUUCUUCAUCUGGUGAAAGACAUUCAACUUCUGGAAAGAGCCCAACGCAAUGCAACACGAAUGGUUAAAAGUUUCAGGGAUCUCUCCUAUGAACAACUGCUAUCGCGGCUAAGCCUCCCUUUGCUGAGUGACAGACGAGCCAGCGGAGACGCUAUUCUGACGUAUAGAAUUCUGCAUGAUGACUUCUCUGUUGACCUAUCCAACUCAUUCCAUCUACAGAACGAUGAUAGAUUGAGAGGCCACACCAUGAAGUUGAAGCAAGACAAUUUUCGAACCACACUAAGACAAAAAAUUCUAUCGAAUCGAGUAUUUUCAAAGUGGAAUGCAUUACCUCGUGAUGUUGUGUCAGCUCCCAGUGUUAGUGGUGGUGAAACAUUCAUACGACACCACAGUCCGAAGAUGCUGAAGAUCUUCCUGUGUCUGGGUGUGGCCUUGAACCUAGCCAGCAGCGCCAUCUUCAACGCCAUAGACAACCUAGAAGAGGACCAGCCGCUGCCGAACGCUGCAGGAACGUUAAAAUGUCACCGGAAGCUCUAUACUUAUUUGGCCACCCAAAUGGACGACAAUGGAAAGCAGUGCUGGGACAAGAUUUCCGUUUGGGCUUGUUGGGGACGAUGUGAUUCGAAUGAGAUCUCAGACUGGAGAUUCCCUUUCAAGAAAUCCAACCACCCCGUUUGCGUCCACCACGGGCGCAACAGGGUGUUUGUCACCCUGAGGCAUUGCGAGGAGGGAGUGAAAGAAGGUACCGACUACUACGAAUACUACGAAGCAGACCAGUGCAAAUGCCAAAUUUGCUCUUCGACUGACACCAGCUGCGAGGGAGUGAGAUACAGGCCUCAGCGAUCUGAUCCCGAUUCAGAAAGGUUCGGGUUCAGAUUUGUGUGAAUCGUCUAGAAGGUACUUCGUUGCCUGAAAGGGACCAAUGUCAAUAAGGGCUAAUAUAUUUGGUUGUCCACCAGACGUGAGGUCCUGGUUGGUAGUCAGUACUGACAGGAAUACUUCUUCUUCUUCUUGUUUUAUUUGGCUCCCUACUACGAUAUCUUCUUCUCUGCUAGUGUACAAGUUCUACAUUGGGAGUAAAAAACGCAAGACUGAUCAAGUCCAGCCAUAACUUAAGGUCUUUAAUUCCUUCACAUAGGCCACACCAUUUUUUUUAUUGACGUUUAAAAAAAAAUAAGCAUUAGCCUGCAGAUUAUCUUGCAAUAUUGUUUACGCUUAUAAAGAAGAACCUCAUCAGGCUUAAGUAACGCCAACUGGUGGGACUUGAAAUGUUAGCCCUCAUUUGAAGAGUUUGUUGUCUUACAAAUUCGUCAAUCUGACAUUAAGCUCUAUAGACUAGAAUGUAACUUGAAAAAUCACGUCUGAAAAUACGUUGGUACCGUUAUGGUACUGAAAAUAAGUAUUGAUUUUCACAAACUCAACUCAAUCCACGAAUUUCAAUACAUUUCUAAUUUGAUCAGAAUUAGCAGAAAUAAUAUUCAUUCUAGUGAUGGCUGGCUGGUGAAUAAUAUCGUAACUGUCUCUUUGGAAAUAAUCAUUCUAUUGUAAAUGGCACUGUUAUAGUUCGUCGCUUUUGACUUAUUAGCUGUAUGUAUUGAUAUUCUUUUUAUUGCAUCUUCUUAUUUGCUGUCUUACCGUCUAGAUGUAGAUAUAGGUACUGUCGUUGUUGUAUUUCAAAAAUAUUGCUUGACUAUUGGAAUUCAAAAUGGUGUAGGUGAUAUUAUAUGUCUGGUGUAUGUAUAUGUAUAUGUUGAAGAUGUUAUUGCGUUGAGUGAAAUGAA